AUGCCGACAGCUCGAAGAUUUCGUCUACAGGAAACCCAGGAACAUCCAGUGCACUGUGGUGGGCGGCAACUAGAUCCGGGUCUUAACGAACGGCUUAGUCGCACGGAUAAGCCUCAUCCGCUGAAAAUACAAAACCUAGCCGCUGGAUGGGCAAAGUCAGUGCUCUUCUUCCAGAACGAGAGGGAUUGCGACGAUGAGAAGUCAUUGGAUACGCUUUUGUCCGAAGCUGCCCAUCAGAAUAUCGUGAUCAUUAUUUUGUUUGAAAAAAGUUCAGCUGGAGAAUCAUGUGGGACCAUUUGUUUAAUUAAAGUGUUUCAUCCAAUGGACAGCCGCUCACCAAUCAUUAUCGCCGUGCAGUUGGGUCCUACGUUGAAUCGAUGUUUCAUCGCUUCACCGCAUCCAUUUCCGUUCAAGCUUUGUGUGGAUUUAGAACUGUGUUGCAUGCUCAACACGAGAUGCAUGACAACGCCUACAGAUGCACUGGAAUACGGAUAUCAAUCGAUAAAUUCUAAAGGAAGUAUUCAAGUUUUGUCACCAGCACGUUUAUUUUUGCAGUCAGUAAUAAGCUCUUGUUGUCGUCCUUCGUAUUCCAGUGAACUAGAAUUAUACGACUUAAUUUUAAUGGUAUUGGCGCCAGUAGAAUACCUUCUUCGAUGUGAAAAAAGCAGAAAACAGUAG